GCGCGCGUCGUCGUGUCGUCCGGAUGGUCGCGCCGCCUCCCGCGCGCGACGCCGCCGCCGCGGAGGCGUCGACGUCGACCGCGGCGGGCGAGCACCGCGCGCGUCUUCGAUGGGCGGUGAACACGACGCGCUGGACGCCGCGCGACGACCACGACGGCGACGAGUUUCGAUUCCUCCUCGACCUCCUCCCGCCGAACGAGCGCGCGGACGUCGUGAAGAUGGUGCACAUGGCGGACAAGAAGCGCGCGAUCGCGAGCCGCCUGCUUCAGCGCAUGGUGUGCCAUCGCGUGACGGGGGUCCCGCACGCGGACGUGACGAUCAAGCGCACGAAGGGAAGGAAACCGUUCCUCUCCCGCGAGGCGCCCGCGAGAGGGGAUGGCGCGACGACGACGAACACGACGACGGUUCCGACGGUUCCGACGAUGCCCGACGCGCGGAACUUCAACUUCAACGUCUCGCACGAGGGCGACUUCGUCGUCCUCGCGAGCGAGCCGGACGUCGUCGUCGGCGUCGACGUCGCCGCGCCCGGGCAGGCGCGGAGGCGCGGGAAGGACGGGCGGACGCCCACCGCGGAAGAGAUGCUCCGCACGUUUUCCUCCGUCUUUACCGAGAGGGAGAAGGACGCCGUGCGCGCGGGCGGCGCGACGGACGACGAGAGAGAGACGGUGUUCAGACAGCUGUGGAGCCUGAAGGAGGCGCUGGUGAAGGCCAUGGGCCCGCUGGGCGCGUCGGUCGGCGGCGGCGGCGGCGGCCCCCCGGGGGUUGGGACGCACUGGGUGACCGUCGCGAGGGGCCCGACGCGCGACGUCGUGGACGCGAACGGAGAGUUUUUGAAGACGCUCGCGAGGAUGACGUUCACCGCGGAGGAGUGGGUCGACGCCGUGGACGCGCCGUCGCCGCCGUUCGCGCUGCUGACGAUCGGCGACCUCGUCCCGGAGGCGUUGCGGUCGGCGUACGAGGACGCGGGGGGGGAGGUGUUCUGACGGAGGAAGGAAAGGAGGCGCGAGGAGGGCGUGAGAAAGAAAAAAAACUCUGAAAGAAAAUAGACUACAGC